AUGGCGCCUCCACUUAAUCCGACCGAUUUCCUUUUUGCAAAAGAUACCCAGAAUGAACCAACUAUUUCAAUAUCGACACAUGAUCCAUUACCAUCAAUAUCCACACCUACUACGGUAGAAAGCACAGAAAAUACUACUCCGCAGCCUCAUAAUAUUUUUGUCAAUGAAGACGAAGUGGUGUUUUCGGAGAAUAGCCAGACGCUUAGUAAUCCUGGUGCACCAUCUUUAGAAGACAACCUUCUCUUGCCAUACUUUUUGGACGCCCCAGUAAUAGAAACAGCGUCUUUCAAAGCAUACUUGAUCCUUGUCGAAGACAAUAUCUUCCUACAGAAUGAUGCCGCUGGCGGUAGUCGAAGCUCAAGAAGAAGAGCACAAAGAGGUGAAUUGUUGGCAGCCGCCAACGGGAUGCUGGCCGGCGGCGCUGCCUUGGGGCAUGAGCUUCCGGAACAUGAUGCUAACCCUCGACAUACCGUAGUUGAAAAUGCUGGCGAAAAUACUAGUAGUACUCAUGAGAUCAACACCGAAGAUGGUGUCACACAUGAACAUGAUGAUGAUGAUGAUGCCGAAGGCGCAGAUUUACCACCAACAAUGCUCCGAGGAAUAUUGUUAUUUAGAGUAUUGAAAAAUAACACCAAAAUCAAAAAUAUAGACCUUAAUUUCCAUGGAGACUCAAGAACCAAUUGGCCAGAAGGCAUUCCUCCAAAAAAGACAGAGUUUGUGGAGCUUGAGACUUUGAUGAACUGUGAGUGGAAUUUCUUCGACGUGCAUGACCAUUCUUCACCUAAAUAUCAAAAGGGUGGGGCAGAUCAUAUAAACACCUUACCAGAUCAUGUAUCCAAGAAAGAUAUCGAUGUGGACAUCGAUAAUUUGGAUUUGAAUGAUCCAGGUAUGCUUUCCGCCAACUUGUUUUCUUCUAUCACCGCUGUCACCCUGAAUCUGUCGCAAAGAAGCCUGAGGACAUCCAAGUUUUUGGGAGGCUUAUCAAAGAACGUUUUCAGCAAAGCUACCAAUGUUACGCAACAGAUAUCAAAUACCGCUAGAAAAAGUUUGGAUUUGGCAGCAUCCGCCCUGAAACUUGAUUCAGAUAGUGUCAGCAUAUACAAUUUGGGGGCUAAUUCUAGCCCCCAUGGGAAACUUAAUCAUAUUGACUCUCAAGGCAAUUAUGUAUUCCACCAGGGCGAUUAUAUUUACAACUUCGAGCAUAAGAUUGCACAAUCGACUCCAGAAUCCUUAAAUUUGACUUUUGGAUUUGUCAAUUAUUGGUUAAACUUGGAAAUUGGAAGGAUUGGGAAAUUCAAGUCUGCCCUCAGAGCAAAAAAGAAGGUUAAUCUAAUUAGAACCAAUCUGUCGCAAUCAAUUGAAGAUAACUUCGAUCCAAUCUUGAUCAACAAAAGUUGGGAAGAUCGUUUAAAUUAUUCUAUUUUGAUCGCCUCUAAUUCAGUCAUUCUUAACAGUUUUAUGCCGAUCAAUAUUAGAGUAGUGCCAACCGACAAAAAUGUCAAACUAUACAAGAUCAAGAUCUUUAUUAUCGAGAUUUUGGAAUAUUGGUGUAAAAAAAGAAAAGUUCAUAGACUUGAACCUCAAAGGAAAUUCUUGUUAUUAGAGCAUAAACCGAAAGUCGGAACUAAUCUCUUGAGGGAUUUCGAGGACCUCGGGUUCAAUAAUAGUAUCAUUAGCGAUAAAAACACAUCUGAUAAGAAAAAUUCUCACCAAAGAUCGACUCUCAAUGUGAAUGAUUCCUCUUUCGUUUAUUCGAAUGAUAAUUCAGCCAUACCCCAAAAUAUUGCCAGCAAUCUUAUAGGUCACACUGCUCAAAACAAUUCUUCAAAAAAGAUUGAAGAUUCUAAACAUAAUGGUAAAAAGAAAACUAAAAAACCCAAAAAAUCACUCGAAGAUGAUGAAGAAGAAUAUAUCAGCUCCAAGGACUUCAAUUACCAAUUAUACGUUCCAGAGAUGUUUUCAAAAUUUAGCUCUAAGCUUCAUCCCGAUGCAAAGCAUAAAAACAUUCAAUGUCAUCACUGGAUCAAAAUCUCUCUUAGGCUUUCCAAGAAAAUUGAUGAAUUUGACCUUGCUGAUGAUGAUGCAAAUGCAAGAAAUUUGCCUGAAUCAAGCAGCGACGUUUUGCGAUCAGUUGCUCAUAAUAAUGAUGGGGCACUUAGCGAUAUGUCAGAUAAUGGCGGCAGUUAUAGUUCACAUGGCUCGCGUCGCCCAAGUAUUGCUAGCAGAAAGAAAAGUGAUUCAACUGGCUCAGCUCUUGAUAAACCAAAGAGAAAACACUAUGAGAUCUCCAUCGACUCGCCCAUCAAUUUGUUACAUCCUUUGUGUACUCAAGCUAACACUUUAUUACCAGCUUAUGAUGGGGUUGGAAUGUAUGAUCCUUACACUUAUGCAAAAAAGAAAGAAAGUGGGGAAAUUGAAAUCUUGACAAACAACAAUCCACUUUUCCCACCAGAAAUCCUACUGACUGAUGGACAUCAAGUGGAAAACUUCAAUCCUACACAAAAGCUUAAUAACGUUUUGGACGAUGAACUUCGCGUCACUAGUGCGAUUGAUGCCCAUCGUAAGCCGGCUAUUCCUACUGAGGAAAUAUUUGAAAAUGGUGAUAGUGAGAGCCACAUGCCAACUGGUGAAGAUUAUACGACUUUAGAUAAUGAAUUUCAAUCGGACAUUACUCCCGAUAUGAUUUCUUCAAAUUUGUACUCUCCAAGGGCUGUCGAUUUGGAUCUUGUGGCGGUCCAGGCCCAGCCGAUGAAACCAAAUCUCCAUCUGGUGGGUAUGUCUCCUCAGGCAUCGUCAACAACAAACGGUAAUAUUGAUAACUUGUUGAGCCCUAUUUCGAAUGGUCCGAAUACCAUUGAGUUGCUGCCGGCUAGAACAGCUCGUUUAUCUCCGAAUUUAUCUCCGAAUUUCAGAGCUUUGUCACCAACUUUGCAAGCUUUGUCACCCACUUUGAAUGGUAAUGUAAAAUCACUGGCAUCUAGUAUUAAAUCUCCGUUGUUGCUUGCUUCCAAUGCUCCAGUUGCCAAAACAAACAGCAUAUUUGGUGAAGACGCUAAGGAUAAGCCAGAAAUGCAUUUGUUAACUAAGCCUCCAAUAAAGCCUCCAACUUAUCAUCAGAGUGUUGGAAAAGAACCGUUAAUGAAGAAUGGCACUAUUAAUAGACUAUUAUUGGCCAAUAGUGAAGAGCAAAUCGCUCGUGCAGGACCACCGCCUUCUUAUGAAGAUGCCAUUGAACUGAGGAAACAUUUGACAUCUUUGAUUAGAUGGCAAGGAAUUGAUAAUUUUAACUCUUCAACUACAGCAAGAAGUUCGAUUGAUCAUGGUGGUAGUGAUGUAGCAGAAACUUUCUCUUUUAGAGGCGAAGAUCCAAACAUUCCUGCUGUAGUCGCUAGGGCUGCCUCGCCAAAAAUCUCUGCGAGCAAUCUGAAUGGAUUUCCAACUAACGAAAACGAGGAUUCACUGUCCAAACUCAUUAAUCAGUCUCUGACUUCGACUGGAUUUAGUGCUGGUGUAUCAAGCGUUCCAAAUAUUAUGGACGAUGGUGAUGAUGAAAACGCGGAUGUUGAAUCCCUUGAAUUGAAAAACGAUAGCUUUGUCUCUCUUCCAAGUGUAGCUGGUAACGGUUCUGUUAACAGCUCUCUAGCUCUAAAUGAUGACAAUUUGCCAGCGAAUACAUUUGAGAGAUCCGAUAAGUUACCUUUAUUAUUAUCUGAACGUGAACAUGGCUCCAGCACUAGUGUUUUUGGAAGUUUUCCAUCCAGAGUUUCCACCCAGCUUAAUAACACAAGUUUAACUAGUCUUUGGAAUCCAUUAAGCGGCCUUGGCGGAAACACACCAAGAAACCAGAUCACCCCUAAGCUUUAUGGAGCUGAUACAACCAAUGAUGUAUCCGGGGCAAGGGAUGACGAUAUUUCGAGAAGCUUGGAUGAUGACUCGAAAAAUGAUUUGGGAUUGUUGUGA